UCAAUUGUUACCUGUCAUAACAUAAAUCAUUGAAUCUAAAAUGUUUUGUUGAAUUUUAGUAGAAAUACCAAGAAUACUCAAAACCAAUGGGAAUUACUAAAAAUAAAUCAUCACAAUAAAAAUCUCUCAUGGCCUAGGUUUCAGGGAGGAGCCAAGAUUCCAGGUUCCCUUCCAGCUGCUCACAUUACUCAUGGAUAUGGAUGCUCCAAUGACCAAAUGGAGAUACAAUCACGUCUGUAUGGUUCACCGUAUGAUUGGCAGCAAAGCUGGAACAGGAGGAUCCUCUGGAUACCACUACCUGAGAUCUACUGUCAGUGACCGCUACAAGGUGUUUGUGGACCUUUUCAACCUGGCAACGUUCCUGGUGCCUCACCACUGGGUUCCCAAGCUGAAUCCCAACAUUCACACAUUUCUGUACGUGGCUGAGUGCUGCGACAGCUCCUACGGCAGCAGUGAAGACUCCGACCAAAAGGCUGUCUGAAAGGAAAUAAUAUGAGAAGCCAUUUAUAUUAAAGAAGGACCAGAAAGGCUACUUGAAGAAGAUGUGUGUUUAGAACCCCUUACGAACAGAUGCACUUCGUAGUUACACAUUUCCAGUGCAUAAAGGUGUAUAUUUACUGCUAAUGUAUGCA